AUGGAGGAACUCGAUGGACUUUCACCUGAAAAUGGAGGUCAGAGCUUGUGUUCCGACCAAGACACAGAAAAUGUUGCGUCUCCAGGCUGGGCCUUCCUCCACAAGGCCAUAAUCGCCAUGGUGAUGGGAUCUCUGAUGUCUGCAGUAGGUGCAAUCCUCUUCUUGCUCCACUCUGCUGGGGUAACCGAUGUGUCCUGCUCUGUGGCUUCAGCUUGCCUGUCUAUAGGGCUGGUGUUCGUUGUGAUGGGACUGGUGUGGAUCCCCAUCCUGAAGGAGAAGCAAAGGCGGAGGCGACUCAGCCAAGGAUUUGAGUAG